AUGCAAGUUGCUCGCCCUGCUAGAAGUAGUCCCUCAGAAUCUCGUACUAUCGCUCCAAGGGAGCCAUUGUCCAAAGGGCAAGCUCCAUCCAGGUCACAAAACUCGCCUAUGGCUUCCGCUAAUAACAAGAGUGGACAGAGGAUACGGAACCAGGAACUAUUGAUGCUGGAGUUCCAAUUGCAAUGUUUCUUAAGCAGCAAUGUAUGUAUUGCAGGCCAUUCCUUGGGGGCUGGUUUUGCUUUACAAGUGGGAAAAGCAUUGGCUAAAGAGGAUAUUUAUGUGGAUGCUAAUUUGUUUAACCCGCCCUCUAUUUCUCUAGCUAUGAGCUUAAGAAAUAUAGGAGAAAAGGCGGGGUUUGCUUGGAAGAGACUCAAGUUGAUGCUUCCUUCGAGCAGUGAACCUCGGGCCAUUGGUGUUGAAGGUAUCAAGGAUAACUCUCUAGGUCUAAAGAAUUGGUUACGUCAUAUAUAUGGUGAGAAGGCUUCAGUCGGAUUGAAACAAUGGGUGCCUCACUUAUAUGUGAAUAAUAGUGAUUACAUCUGUUGCCACUAUACCGACCCUGACAGACAAGAUGAAAAUGAUGCAGACAAGGAGAAUGUUGGACCUUCAAACGGACAAGCUGAGCCGAAGUUGUUUGUGAUGUCGAAAGGGAAACAAACGUUUCUGGAGGCUAACGGAUUGGAGCAAUGGUGGUCGGAUGACUUGGAUCUCCAGCUUGCUCUAAAUAAGAGCAAGUUGAUAAGCCGGCAAUUGAAGUCCUUGUACAGCCUCCCAGCUACACAAGUUCAUAGAAGGCCAAGAUAACA